GUCACUUGGAAUCGAUCAAUUCUAUUAGCGUCAAUCUAAUAAUGUCCCAAACUCUAGCAAAACUCUAUCCUUUAGCCAAUAGAGUAGUUAUAAAGAGGGCGGAAAGCGCUGUGCGUUCAAAAGGAGGCAUAGUGUUGCCAGAAAAUGUGAAGACGAAAUUAUUGAGAGGUACUGUGGUGGCUGUUGGACCCGGACAAGUGAACAGCGAAGGAGGAAGAAUACCCCUGUCUGUUAAAGUUGGUGACAGUGUCAUUUUGCCAGAUUACGGUGGCACCAAAUUGGAGAUAGGAGAACAGAAGGAUUUGUAUGUGUUCAGAGAACCAGAUAUUCUUGCAAAAAUAACAGAAUAACAUUUUGGAUCUAAUCCCGAUAUUGUUGGAAUAUUAUAUUUUCCCUUUUA